CAGGCUUCAAGUUGUGUGUGUCGUUCUUCAGAUGCUGAAUAACUGAAACAAUAUUUUAAUAUUUGUUUGAGGAGAGAAUUUGGGGCAGGCAGGGCAGCACUGAUUGGUGCAGUGGCUAUGAUGUCAUGGUUCAGCCCAUCAACUGUGGAAUUUUACAGGAAUUGGCCAUCCAUAGCAGUGGCAAAUCUCAAGAUGUCCUCUUUUGAGAGUGCUGUCCUUUUACUUCUUUCUGUGGGAUACUUAUGUCAAUCAAGCAGAACACCACUGGAGAAACUGGCAGACAACAAACUGUGUGCAGAUAUGGAGUGUUCAUAUGCUAUCUCGCUGGCAAUGGCUUUGGAGGAUUAUGUUGCCCCUGAUUGUAGGUUUAUUAACUUGAAACGGGGUCAGAUGAUCUAUGUGUACUCCAAAUUACUGCCAGCAGAGGGUGGUGGAAUAUUCUGGUCGGGAAGUGUUUAUAGUGAACGAUAUGUGGACCAAAUGGGCAUCAUCGGAUUCUUCCCUGUGAAUUAUGUCAAUGAGACAUACACCUUCCAGCGUGAUACAGUCAAACUUCCAACAACUGACACAGAAUUCAUCUGUAUUUAAGAAGAGAGAGCAGAUGAUUUUCUAAAUUUUGGUAGCUUCUUAGUUUAGACCUAAACCCUCCCAGGUGAGGAUUUAUCAGGUAUCUCGUUAUUUGUCUUUGAACAAUGUUACAUUUGAAAGAGUGAGCUUAGCUAAAUUAAGAGCGCCACAUACUCGACGCACCCAACCUGUAGCAGGACAAUGUGACGUCACAGAAGCGCCGUAACCAUUUAU